AUUUGCCGUUCCCUAUCCGGAUCGAUCUAGUCGUGGAUGGAAGCUGUAUUAUAGACAACAUAUUCCCUAAAAAUAAAAAACUGUUCUACAAUGGUCUGAUAGGCAGCUGGUGUGACAUGAUCUGAAUAAAUAUUUCAAAUAACCUAAUUAAAGGAUGAAAAAUGUAUAAUGUCGGAAUGAUUUAGAUACAAGGUAAUAGAACCAACAGUUGAUUUUUAUGAACAACACACGUAUUUGAUCAUCUGCGGUUUUUAACAUGAAAUAUGUAUGAUUGGACAGAAAAUCAAUGGCGCCGGAAAUGUUAUCGUUAAAACAGCAUAGGAAUUUACUUAGGAUUACACAAGACACUAGUUUAAGUCAUGACGAAUUUGAAAGAUUGAAAGAUGAUAGGAUUUAAUCAUUUCAGCAGAAGACACGCGCUGAAUCUUAAGUACCGUCUAUUCCCUUGUGGACUCGGGAAUUCCGUCUACUUCGAUAUGAAAGACUGAAUAAAAAACGUAUAAAUUGAUCUGCUGGAUUGAAAUAUGGAAACUAUAAAGAAAGGAUAUUUCAAAAUGUAAAAAAAAAAUUAAGAGUUGUAAUCAAUUUUUCUUUAACUUUCAAUCUAUUAGUUUGAAAAGAGAAACCAUUAUAAAGCGGAAAAUACCGUUCUGUGUACUUAAUUGCGAUCACAUCGAGCCAAGUUGGAUAUAAUCAAUGUUUUAAGUAGUCGAGAAGCUCUUAUCGUCAAAAAUGUAAUUAAUAUACACAGAGUACAAUAUUUAAUGAAAACAGAUAUUGUUUGUUUUAAAUACUAAGCAAGAUGUACGAACAAAGAAUAAUAAAACAGAACGACUUAUUUACAGAAACUUUGAUCUUGUUUGUAGUUUUACAAAUUAUUGAUUAGCGUUAUAAGCACUUAAUUUUGCACGAGGAAGAAUACACGCGCUAACUUGUGCCAGACAAGUAAGUUAUAACACAAAAUUAGUUCCACAUGCCAACGUACUUUAUGUGCCGUAAUAGACAAUAAUUAUCAAUAAAGGUGACAGAUAAAUCCUAGUGCUUUAAUCUUCGAUUGACCAGCAUGGAUGAUAUUCAUAAAACGUCGAACGAAAAGGUACAUGUUCUAAGCGUAUCGUCUGCGCCUAGUCAUCACGUGCAUCAUGCGGUUAUGGCCCACGUGGGAGGUAUUGAAUACGACAAGACUAGGAGACGAAGUACGAUCCAUUCGUACACUCUAUCUAACUACCACGCUCUUUCGCAUGAUCCGCAAACCAUGAGAGCCGUUCACGAAAUGACUCGGGCGAAAGCUUACAAAAAUGUAAUAGCACUUGGAUUGGCAUUCAUGUUUGUUUUUACAGCAUUUGUUUCAAUUCAGGGAUUACAAAGUACGAUGAACUGGGAAGGAGGUGUAGGAGUUACUUCCCUUAGCAGCAUAUAUGUUACUACUAUCAUAUCGUGUUUAUUAGCGCCAUGGAUAAUCCAGAAACUUACGACCAAAUGGACAAUGAUUAUUGCCUUUGUGCUUUGUACGGGUUAUUUUGCGGGAAACUUCCAUCCGGAGCACUAUAUGCUUGUACCUUUGGGUGCAUUACUCGGACUUUUAGGAGGUCCGUUAUGGAGUGCGCAAGCAACAUCUAUCACUUCGAUAUCUUUAGCUUAUUCUGAACAUAUUCAUGCCGAGGAACAAGAAAUUGUAGUGAAUAAAAUGAUGGGAAUAUUUUGUGGCUUAUUUAGAACAAGUAAUAUAUGGGGAAACUUAAUAACAACGUUAGUUUUAGGAAAAAACGAGACCCUUCACGUACCCAAGUAUCAUAACUUUUCAACAAACUCUACGUGCGGUGCUGGAUACUGUCUCACAGUAGAGGAUGAACUAAAUCAUGGAAUCUACUUUUCACAGAACGCUAUGAGAACCAUCAGUUCGAAAACGAAAAUAAUGUUAUUAAGUAUAUACCUCGGAUGUGGCAUGAUGGGGAUCGUAAUUCUCAUAUCUUUAUUUGAUCAACAUAAAAGUUCCAAGUUGAAGUGUAGAGAUGAUGUCUUGUCAUCAAAAGAAACGUUCCUUGCAACAAUAAAGAUGUUCAAAGACACAAAAUGUUUGCUCUUAUUGGUGAUUGUCGUAUUCAUCGGCCUAGAACAAGGGUUCAUGUUCAGCGACUUUACAAAGGCAUACAUUUCCUGCACAUUGGGAGUAACAAGCAUUGGACCUGUUAUGAUAUGUUUUGGUGCAGUCAGUUCUGUUAGCUGUAUUUUGAUUGGUUGCAUAGCCAGUCGCCAUAUUAAAAGAUUUGCUUUCAUCAGCGCAGGCGCAACGUUUAAUAUUGGUCUACUGAUAGUAUUAUGGUUAUGGAAACCGUCUACUCUAGAUAUUCCAAAUUUUUUCGUGGUAGCAGCAUGUUUAGGAUUGUGUGAUGCUAUCUGGCAAACACAAACAUACACUUUAUUCGGAAUAAUUUUCAUGCAUAAACAGGAAGCAGCGUUUGCCUCCUACCGGAUGUUCUAUGCCACCGGAUGUGCAAUUGCUUUUGGAUACAGUUACUUCCUGUGUGUUGAAACCAAAGUAUUAAUUUUAGCCGUUGUAUUAAUUAUAGGACUAAUAUGCUACUGCGUCAUCGAAAUGAAAGUCCAGUUACAAAGUCAACAUAUAAAAGAUAUUGUUGCGUUAUAACAGUUUAGCUAACUUUGUACCUUAAAUUUGCAUUAUAUUGAUGCUAUAUUAAAUAUCUUUAUUGUAAUGAAAUCAGAACUAAAAAAAAUAUUGGAACUACAGUUUUGUAAACAAUUUACCUUCGUGUAUAGAUGAUUCCAGACAAUGAAAACAAUACCGACAUACUGGUUAUUGAAAGGACGGAGAGUCAACCACGAUUUCUUCUGAUUAGAGGUUGUAAAAAAUUUAAAUAAUUUUUGUGUGCUCGACACAUGGUUUUAGAUUAUCAUUAUCCUUCAUCAGUUUUCUCGAGACUAAAUUUUUGAAAAUCCAAAAAUUACAAAACGUUUGACAACAUAAAAUCAAGAAUGGCAUAUGCAGUAUUGCAAAAAUCUAUAUUGUUAACAUUGCC